UCAGUCAUACAUGUAACUUGUUUUUCAAUCAUUUGGUUCAAACCCGAGAUAUACAUGUUCACAUGUUUCAAUGUGUUUUUUUUUUCGUCUGCAAGAGCAGUGUGCAUGUUAGCUUGCAUGCAGCUUGAGCACCAUGAUGAGCGCAUGUGCCACACAUUUUAUUAUGAAAUACACUUUUUUGGGGAAAAAACAGUUUUUUUUAUCACAGAAUAAUACAAUUUUUCAUUCCCAGAGGUAAGCAGGUCUGCUUUUACCAUUGUCAGACAUUGUUCUUUUAAUAAUCACUGUAGAUCAGUUGACAAACCAUGCAUGCAAGCAUCCACCCCAAUUUGCAUACUUGUACAUAGUGCAACUCCUUUGAGAGGUACUGUAUAGGCUUUCUACAUCAUUAUUCCUAUUUGUAAAAGGCCUAUUAACCAGCAGCCUGAAUAGUCCCACCUCAAGUCCUAAACUGCUCAUAUCUGGCCAGGAUCAUUAUCCAUAAUAAUGCAACUUUCUGAGCUGUGCAGCCUUGUAAUAUAGCAGCAUAGGCACACUUUUAGUGAUAACUCGCUAUCCAUACAUUCAAUUUGCAAAUAUCAUGUUACCAAGUAGCAAAACAGGUAGUUUCUUCUGAAAAAUAUUAAGUCUUAACACAAAUUACAGAAUUAUGAGCUAUUUUAUAAAUUAUACCUGUUUUUUCUAAUAUUAAUCUCAAAAUAUAUAUUUUAUGACUAGCUAUUUAUAACACACAGUGUUGUUUACAUUUGUAGAUCGAUCCUGCUUUAAAUGUCAGAAUUAAUUUAACCUCGAUAUUAACUAAUGACUUUUAAUUGGCUGUGUCUGUAUGACUACAUAGUAUGUUCCACUGAAGUUAAGAGAGAGAAGUUAAGCCUUGCUACCUAUGAACUCUUGAGUGGAUUGAAUGUAUUAUAAUUUAUAACUGAAUUUCACCUUUAGUUUAGAGAGCCUCUCAUUAUAUAAAAUCUAUCUUUUACUAUUUCAUUUCUUAUCUAUAUAACACCAAAUACUAGAUUUAGAUCGAAUAAGCACAGUUUCAUUUCAUUUCAUCUGAUAGUUACUAGGGCUACAUGCUGUUAGGAAGGCUAUAAUACUUUAAUCAGUUCAUGUAAUCUUGAUAUAAAUAAACAAUUUCUAUUAUCUAUUUGUUCAUUAAUUUCAUAGAAUGCAUGAAUAUAUUUCAAUGUUUGGUUCAGUCAGUGUACGGUGCUCAGAAUAGAGUUGGGAUAAGGGAAUUCCUUGUUGAGAUAAAAUAACGUAUCAGAGUGUCAGGCAAAGUAUUCAUCCCUAUUUAGAUGUACAUUUCAAUAUUUUGUUUCAUUAAGUUUACCCUAGUAGCUGCAUGAGAGAAAAGGCGGCUACUUAGUGUUCAAGUGAUGAGAAAUCAAUAUUUUCUAUUCACAGCUCUCCCAACACUGUCUAUAUCUUGUUCUACAUGUAUGCCUUUAUCCAUUUGAUCAUUGUAGGGAAGCCCUUUGUACCAUUCAGAGUAGAUCUAUAAGACUUUUUCCACUGGCUACCAUCACUCUGAACAUCUUUUAUUGAACGCCUGGCAGUCUGGAUUCAGACAUUACGUGAUAGAUGGAUUUCUUUACAGUAUAAUCAAGAUCAGCAAGUCUUAUAAGAUGAUGUAGACAUAUAAACCUGAUGAUAACCAGCCAUCAUGAACAAAUUUAACUCCAAGUAUUGACUGUGCACAGAGCUCUGUAAAUGACUCAACAGGAACUGACUGAUUCUAUAAACCAAAUGUGCUUUUAUCACCAAUGAUCAACUCUUUAAAAUUGUGAUCAAAUUUUUUUUAUAUGCCAUCAGUGAUCAACUGUUAACCAGCUUUGAACAAGAAUAUAGUUCUGUAUACACACACUGAAAGUUGGUUUGAGAAUUUAUUUUCACCAGUCAGAUUUAUUUUCUUUGUCUUCAAACGCAAAUUGCAACAAGUGGUAUUGACAGAAUGGGAAAUAUAUCAGAAUGACUCAGUUCCAUAUCUGGAUGAAGACUUUGUGGAAAGAUAAGUAAGAAAUCGUCACUGAUGAUAUUGCACUUGAUCAUGAAUAAGUGAUAUAUAUAAUCUUCCUGAGAUGAAGGAAGAUGAUAAAGGAGGAGGAGAAGGAGGAGGAGGAGGAGCUGUAAUGAGCAGUGGAGCAACAGAAGAGAUGAGUGAUAGCUUAGCAGCGGAGGUGGUACAGAGUGGAGGAAAGGACAAUGUACCCAAACCAGCUCAAGAAAGGCCCUAUUCCAGUAGAAGUACAACAUCCUUGAAAGAUGAAAUACAACAACUAUCCAAUAAGAAGAAAGAGCUGCUGAUGAAAGAUAAAGCUCCUGAAGAACCAGACCUAUGGAAGCAGAACAUCCAGGAUCAGAUAGAAAAGGAGUUAGAGAGGAGAGUCAGAGAUGCUCUAGAGACACCUCCUCUUGAGAGAAUGAGAAGAAACAAACAUAAAGCUCGUCUCAGAAAACAACAACAGAAGAAGAAAGAAGAAGAAAAGCGAUCCCUGACCCUAGAAGAGUGUGAUAGCCAUGCCCAAGCCUUGCCAUCUCUCAAAGAGAAAUUCCCUUGGAAUGAUAUCAACUCCUCCUUUACUUACUUUGACAACCCUGAGAGUCCAACAUGGUUUGAACGUCAGAUCUACAACACCCAGUACGCUGAUAACGGCAGUGAAAGCAGUGCUGGGUACCUUGAUGUCAAUGGUAAUCAACCUGACUGUAGGACUCAAGAAGAACGGGAUGCACUCUCUCGUAAGUCUUCGAGGCCUAGAACUAGAAGUGCAAGUGUCACAUUGACUAGAGACAGGCAAAGAAUCUUGGCUGACAAAGGCGGGGAUACAGAUCCUGAAGAGGAUAGAACUAUCAUAGAGAUAAAACGAAAGACCUUCCAUCGCUUCACCAGCGCUGGUUUCAGGGAGGCUAUGAGGAAAGGCAAAGGGAUAUUGAAGAAGAUUGGAAAUGGGAAGUACAUGGAUAAGAAUGGAGUGAUUCUUUCAAUGGAUGGUCCUUUCUGGCCUCCGGAGUGUGGACCUCUUUACCCUAAACCCAAUCACACCAAGAAGGUGCCAUCAUCUGCAGAACCACUCUAUGAUCAUGUUCCUCAGGAUGGAAGGACUAUUCACACCCAGAAGACUAAAUGGUAUAGGCCAUGGGAAGGCACUCAGAAUGUAUUUGACUCUGAAAGGACAUCCAAGGGGACCAUUCCACACACCAUACCAGAGGGGUGCUGUCCAAGCUUGGUUUUUGAAUCACGGUUUGAAAGUGGCAACCUCAGACAAGCCAGACGAAUUGGUCAGUUUGAGUAUGACCUUGUUCUGAAGACUGACCUUUACACCAGCCGUCACACUCAGUGGUAUUACUUCCGGGUUCAGAAGAUGCGUCCAGGGGUCACAUACAAGUUUAACAUCAUCAAUCUACUCAAGAAAGACAGCCUUUAUAAUCAUGGUAUGAGACCAUUGAUGUAUUCAGAGAAGGAAGCAGAGUCUAGUGGUCAAGGUUGGGUCAGGGCUGGUCAUCAUAUCUCUUAUUCCAGGAGUUAUGGCUUCAACAAAAAUGGACUUCUUCACCCUGAAAUUACAUAUUAUGUUCUGGAAUGGCAAAUGGAGUUCAAGCAUGAAGAUGACACCUGUUACCUUGCUCAUUGCUAUCCGUUCACCUUCACUGAUCUAUGUCAGCAUUUAGAUGAUCUGAUGGCUCAGCCAGAGAGACGCAAGACAAUGAGAAGAGAUGUUCUCUGUGAAAGCAGGGCUGGAAACAGUUGCUUCCUUCUCACUGUAUCAAAUUUCAGUGAACACCGUCCUAAGAAGGGUAUUGUUGUAACAGCUAGGGUACAUCCUGGUGAAACCAAUGCUAGCUGGAUGAUGAGAGGACUUCUAGACUUCAUCACUAGCUCAGAUCCUAUUGCCAAGGAGCUGAGAAAGUGUUACAUCUUUAAGAUCAUCCCUAUGUUGAAUCCUGAUGGUGUAAUUGUUGGUAACUAUCGAUGCUCUCUGGCUGGUCGUGAUCUCAAUCGUAACUAUCGUCAUCCUAAGAAGGAAUCAUUCCCCACUGUAUGGAAUACAAAGCAAAUGCUUGCAGAUUUUGCUGAGGAAUGUGAGGAGAUCUUAGUGUACUGUGAUAUGCAUGGACACAGUAGAAAACAUAAUGUCUUCAUUUAUGGAUGUGAUCCAGAUAAACAAGAGCUGGAUAUGGCUGCUUUCCUGUGUCAAAGGUUGUUUCCUUGGUUACUCUCUCAGAAGGCACCAGACAAGUUUUCAUUUCGUGGUUGCAAGUUCCGAGUAAAGCGUUGCAAGGAGGCAACAGGAAGGGUUGUGAUGUGGAGGCAAAUGGGCAUCAGCAACAGCUUCACGUUGGAAGCAACAUUCUGUGGCAGCAAGGAUAUUACCAGUCAUGCUCCAAGACACUUCAAUCUUCAAGAUUUCCAGGAUCUUGGACGUCAUUUCUGUGAGGCACUUCUGGUCUACCACCAAGCUCAGGAGAACACUAGUCUACAUUCUGAAUUGAUUCUUGAGUUGACAAAGGAGAUCACCCAUCAUAUUCUUCUCAGCCGUGGUUUACUACCACCAAACAUGCCAUUCCCUGAUCUAUCUUCUCUCAAAGAUGUCAAACAAGGACAAAAAUCCAAGAAGCAUGGUGGGUCCAAGGCAGACCAGGAUGGAUCUGAAUGGGCUGGGUUAGACAAGAGGACCAAGUCUAAGCUAGCUGCUCUGAAGGUAAUAGACACCUUAAGUUCAGAGACCAUACAAGGCUGCUAUGACCUUCUCGCUGACCUUCACAUCAACAAGGAAUUUGCAGAAUCAGACACAAGUGACAGUGACAGUGCAUCUGAAUCUGAGCUUCCCAAAGGACAGAACGAUGAUGAUGAUGAUAAAGUGAGGAAAAAGAAGAGGAAGAAGAAGCUGAAAGGUAGAUCAAAAAGUGAAGAGGGACCCCCACCAGAUAUGAAUGCAGAUGAGCAAUCUAAGAAGAAGAGAGGCACAUCAUCUUUGAAAAGAGCCCUUGCAACAAGAGGGAAGAAGAGACAGAUACCGGUAGAAGAUAGGAAAGAAGAGACGAGUGAUGGUGUAUCGUUGAUCGAUGCUCCUUAUAAUCCCUCAGACUCUUGCAGUAGUCAGAGGUUGGUUCGUAGACGUAUGUGGAAUAAUCCCACAUUCAUUCAGUCAUGGGUAUCUGAUGCCAUUGAGGAGAAUGCAGAGAAGACAAAUAAAGUAGACUCAGUCACUCCUUCUUAUAGAGCCAUGUCUAGAUUACAGGAUGCUAAAAAGCACCUUGCUUUAACCUUGAAAUCGGAGGAUGAGUCAAAGUCAUCCCAUCAAUCCCAAGACUGCAAUGCUUUCCCCAUUGAAGCCAGACAGUAUGAUCUACUACCAAUCCAUGACACCAGGGUUCUAGCAAGUGCUACCAAUGCAAGACUGAAGGGUCUCUACAUGGACACCAGGCCCUUCCAUGGUAACUACCAUGGCAAGAGUAGAUCAGGGUUCUUAGGCAAGAAGCUACCUCAACUGUACGGUCGUGAGGGAACAUCCACCCUCUAUCGUCUCAUCAAGCCAAAGACAAUGGAAGUACCACAUAGAUUAGGCCAGGAGAGAUGUGUGACGGAGCUAGGAGAAGCUAACCAGUAUGUGGUGUAUGGACCGGAAGAAUCAGAUGAGAAUACUUUCCGAAUCGGUAAAUGCACCCAGGCCCUCAAGAAGUACCCUCCAUUCGUAAACCGGUACGCCAAACGUUCAAAUCAUGGCAUCCCAAUGUUUUCUCAAGAGAGAAUACAAGAAAGAGCUAAGCUGCGCAUGGAAGCAACCAAGUGUGGUGAUCAGGACACCGGUGGUGGGGAGGAAAAUGCCCUCGAUCAGGUGGCACAUGAUACCGAAUACGCCAAGCUGAUCGCUCUGAGUAGAGAGAUGCAUCGCCAGAGUGAAGAAGUACGUUAUAAACUCAUCAACCAACCACAAGAGGGAGCCCUUGAGAAAAGCCUAGCUGGUAUGACCAUCAGACACUCAUAUACACACGGCAACUCAAUGGUAAGGGGACCACCUCCAUUCACCCUGGACUUUGAAAGGUUGGACUCUGAUGAGAUGGGUGUCUUGAGCACUCUACCUAAGACUCCACCAAGGAAGCUAGACCCAGUCAAGGGGGCUGCAACCCCACGUAGCAACGGAGGCUUGAGCAAGGCAGGAGCAUUGAAUGGUAUCUCAGUCAGCGAUGCAGCUAAUGGAUAUGCCAUUACAGAUGGUCUGCUUGUUGGUCCAGGAAUGAGAGAUGGUCAUGGUGGGGCUAUGAAGCAGAGCAGUGGUGAUGCCAGUAAUCAUAGAACAAAAGGUGGUGGUCCGCAUCACCCUAAAAGGACUAGUGAGGAGAAAGCAGGUGGCGAUAACUCAAAACUGAUUGUGUUCAGUGGAAAAGACACAAAACAAACUUCAAACUCUUUCAACUCGUCCUCAUCAGCAUCGUGGGCAACCGGUAACAAAGGAAGGACCAAGGAUCCUUCAGAGCCUAACUACCACUCUGCCAACGCUGCCCAUGACAAGAACAGACAUCUCAGGAAGACUUUAGGACGAGAGAGUACCAUGGAUCUUAUCCAACGACAGUAUGGUAGAUUUCUAACAGGUGUCAAUGUUAACUCCCAAGGUGCACCUUCCCCAUCAACCUCUAAAUACCUUGACAGUAUAGCAAAGUCGGUACCUAGUGGGAACUUACCAUCGUCUAAAGAGAAAGGAGCUGGUGUAACUAGAUCAGCUAGUUUUGUGAAUGAGAAGAGAAUAGCUCCACUUACCAAGAUGGGUGACCAAGCUGCAAUCCUCAAACUAGCUGACGCAAAGAAAAAGAGUAAUUCAUCUUCAUGAUACUAUCUAUGCUGCCAUCAAUGAAUUUUAUGUAUUGAAGCAACCAAUGAUGUCAGCCUACAUCCAAGCAGUCACAUGCUCAGGACUAAAAUCUUCUAUUUGCAAUGAAUGACAAGGUACCCCACCCAAGAGCAAGCAUUGAUGUCAUCAAGCCAAGAUUUGAAUGAGUUCAUUAGUUCUCUGAAACCUCUUAUUACCAGCAGUACUUCCUCUUGCCUAAGAUACCACCUACAUGUAUGUACACAAACCAAAGAUCACCUUCUCCUAGAGUACUCUAUCAAGAAUAGAUGCAGAUGUUUAGAUAAUUGCAGUCUGGAAAUAACUACCAUGUCAUGUCAAUGAAUGGUGCUUGGACCAUUAUCUCUUCAGAAACCAUUCUCAUGGCAUGUUCAUGAUCAAGGUAAAGGAUGCACAAAAUGUUAUGUCUUUCCAGCAAUGUUCACAUCCUCCUUGUCAUAUUACAGUGUAUUGACUGAUGCUUUUGGAGUAUUAUGUCUUUCUUUUUUUAAGUGACUUCACUUGGCAAGCACUCAGGAAAAAAUGUGUUUUCACCAGUUACUGUUCCCCUUUUUGUCUAAAAAGUGACAUUGUAUAAACUCAGAUGAAGAAUAAUGACAGCAGUGGCUUUUCAUAAGUGAGAUUAAUGGAAUCAACUACAACUCUUGCCCUGAUGUUUUCCUUUUUUUUACUCCACCAUAUGUUCUAUCAAAUCUAAAUAUU